UUUCUGUUUGUCAGUUUAUUUAAUCAUUUUUCUCACCCAUUCAGAUCUUGCACAAAGUCGUAGGUUACAGCAGAACAGAAGACUAAUCCAACAUGAGAAUAACAUACACAUGUGCAGAAAUCAGUGUGAAUUCAGUCCAAACUGGAUGUGAAAACACCGGAUCUGGCAACUGGAAAACAUUCCGUAAUGAAGGAGGGGUCGACGGGUCGGAGCUGAGGACCGCCCCAGAAGAGUUGAGUGGGUGAACUUUGUCACAAAUUUCCCUGAGCUGCAUUAUUUCUGCCUCCUCUGACGCUCGCUGACAGAUGCCUCAAGUGUGAGUGCGCUUUUGCAAGAUGUACAUCUGGUUCACUGUUCUAGCCGGACUGGCUAUUCUGUCCUUCUCAUUCGUCAAGACCUUUUUCCCUUACCUUGGCGAGGACUGCGCAUACAUCCUGAGGAGCAUUAAACUUGGUGCCAGGCUCGUCAGAUACAACAAAGUCAAACCUUUUUACAGCAUCUUGGAUUGUUUCUUGGAUGCGGUGAAGAGGCAUCCGAAUAAGGUCUUUGUGCACUUUGAAGGUCGAGAAUAUUCUUAUGGCGAAGUGGAUAAACAGAGCAACAAGGUGGCCAGAGCUCUGCAGGCUGAAGCCCGGCUCAAGGAGGGGGACGCGGUCGCCCUGUUUCUGGCCAACGAGCCCAGUUUCAUGUGGACUUGGCUCGGUUUGGCCAAGUUGGGCUGUCCGGCUGCUCUCCUCAACUAUAACAUCAGAUCCAAGUCUCUGUUGCACUGUUUCUCCUGCUGCGGAGCCAAAGUGAUCAUCGCCUCUGCAGAACUGCAGGACGCUGUGGAGGAGGUUUUACCGACACUGAGAGAGCAGGGUAUCAGUGUGUACCUCCUGUCAGAAGCCUGCAGCAUUCAGGGCAUCAAGACAUUGUCUGACAAGAUCUCCCAGGCCUCAGAUCAGCCGCUGUCCCGGGACCUCAGAGCCAAUGUCAACAUCAGAAGCACUGCUCUGUACAUCUACACAUCGGGAACCACAGGUUUGCCUAAAGCAGCCGUUGUCACCCAUGAGAGAGUUUGGGCCGCCUCCUUCCUCCAGGCGGCCAGUGGCGUCACAUCGGAGGACAUCUUCUACAUCAACCUGCCUCUCUAUCACAGUGCAGGCUUUCUCAUCGGGAUGGCCGGAGCCAUUGACAGAGGUAUAACCAUUAUUCUGAGGAGGAAGUUCUCGGCCUCUCAGUUCUGGGACGACUGCAGGAAGUAUAAUGUGACAGUGAUGCAGUACAUCGGGGAAACAAUGCGCUACCUCUGCAACACGCCCAAGAAAGACAAUGAAAAGAACCACAGAGUGAGGAUCGCCAUCGGCAACGGGGUCCGGACAGACAUUUGGACCGAGUUUCUGAAUCGCUUCGGGGACAUUAAAGUCAGAGAGCUGUACGCUGCCACAGAGGGAAACAUCGGCUUCAUCAAUUACACGUCCAAGAUCGGCGUUGUGGGGCGAGUCAACUUCGUCCACAGAUUUUUCUUCCCAUACACUUUGAUCAAGUUCGACGUAGAGAAGGAGGAGCCUGUCAGGAACUCGGAGGGUCUGUGCAUUGAGGCAGCCAGAGGUGAGACAGGACUUUUGGUGGGAAGGAUUACUCAGAGGUCUCCCUUUGUUGGGUAUGCCGGCAACCAGCAACAGACUGAGAAGAAGAGGCUUCGCAAUGUGUUGCAAAAAGGCGACUUGUACUUCAACACUGGAGAUUUGCUUCAGAUUGAUCACCAGAACUUUGUGUACUUUCAGGAUCGAGUUGGAGACACUUUCAGAUGGAAAGGGGAGAACGUUGCCACAUCGGAGGUUGCAGACGUUCUCACAAUGGCUAAUUGCAUUUUGGAGGCAAAUGUCUAUGGUGUUAAAGUUGAAGGUCAUGAGGGGCGGAUUGGCAUGGCAGCUGUCCUUUUGAAAGAAGGAGAAGAUUUUGACUGUUCAGGCACAUUCAAGCAGGUCGUCAAUUACCUCCCAGCCUACGCAAGACCUCGAUUCAUCAGGAUUCAGUCCUGCCUGGAGAUGACGGGGACAUUCAAGAUGAAGAAAGUGAGGUUGGUGGAGGAGGGAUUCGAGCCGGCUCACAUCCAAGAUCCUCUAUACUUUUUAGACACUGAGAAAAAGACAUACGUUCCCAUGACUGAGGAGAUCUACAGAGCCAUCGCAGCUAGGGAAGUAAAACUCUAACACAGAAACUCAAUGUAGUCAGUGAAAAACGUAGCAGCUCAUUCAUGGACCUUUUAACUAUCAACUAAUCUCAGGGACCAUCACGUUUGACCAUUUUUCUUUAAUUAACACAGCUACUGUGCAUCUCUAGUUUUUAUUCCAUAGUGCUGACAGUAUGUGAUAUACAGGUAUGUCUUACUGCCACUGUUUUACUUUUUAAUAAUUAAACUUAUCUUUUACUCCAGACUCUUAAUGUGUGAUUGGCCAGAUAGGUUGUAGCAUUUAAAUUUUUCUUAACUUUGCCAUUAUACUGAAGAUACAGUGUGAUUUAAAAGAAUAAUUAAAGUCAAAUAUUAUACAGAUGUACAUUAGCUUUAGAUAUUAAACUUAAAACAUACUUAGGUAACAUAUUGUGCAAUCGUCUGUGGGUUUAUCAGUGAACCUUUGCUACUUUAUCAGCUGUGUGUACAUACAGCACAUACUGUUAGGCUGAAGCUGGAUCAUGUAACAGAGGUCGAGGGAGGGUUUUUAUCUAAAAGAUCUUGUGAGCACAUUUAUGGACACAGAAACUGUGACUCUUGUGGGGGAACUGACCAACACAACCUUUGACAUGAAGUGAUACUCAGACUUUGUCACAAGCUUAGUCAUGUGACAAACAUGGCAACAAUGUUGAAAUCAGGGACAUCAGCUCAUACUGAGGCCAAAAGAAAGUUGACUUUUGUAAUGUUGUCUAAAGUUGAACUGAACUCUCCCCCGCCGCUGUAAUGUGUUUUUCCUUAUUGUUCUUUGAAUGUUUGACUUUAACUGUGUAGAACUAAUAUACUGUACGAGAAGAGUUUGACACUAAAAGACUGUUUUCACUUUA